AUGAUUUCCCUAGACAACUCAGCAACUUCCACUCCUGAUUACCUGCGCCUAAUUCUUACUUCUAGAGUUUAUGAAAUUGUUAAAGAAUCACCUUUGCAACAUGCCACAAAUCUUUCGAUAAAAACGAAUAAUAAAAUCUUAUUAAAAAGAGAAGAUUUGCAAGAUGUCUUUUCAUUUAAGAUUAGGGGUGCUUAUAAUAAGAUUGCUCAUUUGACAGAAGAAGAAAGAAAGCAGGGUGUUAUAGCAUGUUCUGCUGAUGCCAGUGCAACACCGACAAUUAAAUGGCAAAAUGUUAAGCGACUUGGCGCUAAAGUUGUUCUUUAUGGUUCUGAUUUCGAUGAGGCAAAGGGAGAAUGUGCUCGUUUAAUAGAGCAAGAAAAAUUUACAAAUAUUCCUCCUUACGAUGAUCCUUAUGUUAUAGCCGGCCAAGGAACUAUCGCGAUGGAGAUCCUUCGUCAAUACAAUAUGGAGAAGAUAGAUGCUAUCUUUGUUUGUGUUGGCGGUGGUGGUCUUAUUGCUGGUAUCGGAAGUUAUGUAAAAAGCUUAUGUCCAAAGAUCAAAAUUAUUGGAGUAGAAACCUAUGACGCUAACGCCAUGACACUUUCGUUGAAAGCAAAAAAGCGUGUAACCCUUGAUGAGGUCGGAUUAUUUGCGGAUGGUGCUGCCGUUAGAAUUGUGGGCGAGGAAACUUUUAGGGUGUGUAGCGAAGUUGUUGACGAAAUGAUUAACGUGUCCAAUGACGAAAUAUGUGCUGCUAUUAAAGAAAUUUUUGAAGACACUCGAUCAAUAGUCGAACCAGCUGGUGCACUUUCAGUGGCAGGAAUUAACAAAUACGUCGCGGAAAAUAAAAUUACAGGUGGUUGUUUUGUAGCCGUUACCUCCGGAGCAAAUAUGAACUUUGAACGUCUAAGAUUUGUCGCUGAACGUGCUGAAUUGGGUGAACGACGUGAAGCCUUGAUUUCUGUGAUCAUACCUGAACGUCCUGGAAGUUUCAUUCAACUAUACAAUCACAUCCACCCGCGUCCAAUAACCGAGUUUUCGUAUAGAUAUUCGGAUUCAAAACAAGCAUGGAUCUACAUGUCUUUCGGUGUUCAAAAUCGCGAAGAAGAACUUCCACAAAUCCUGGAUAAGUUGGAAAAAGACGGUAUGCACGGUCAAGAUAUAAGCGAUAAUGAAAUGGCCAAGAGUCAUGCUCGGUACCUGGUUGGUGGAAGAAGUAAUGUCGAGAAUGAACGACUUUAUCGCUUCGAAUUCCCGGAACGGCCCGGAGCACUGCAAAAGUUUCUUUUGGGAUUAAGAUCAAAUUGGAAUAUUUCAUUAUUUCAUUACCGCAAUCACGGCUCCGAUAUGGGAAAGGUGUUGGUUGGAAUUCAAGUACCACCUCAAGAUUCAGAGGCAUUUGAAAAUUUCAAAAAUAAUCUAGGAUAUCUUGCUAUAGACGAAACAAAAAAUCCAGUUUAUAAUCAAUUCCUAAAAUAG